AUGGCUAGCGACGCGCCCGAAAAGACAGAGCAGUCCCCCGCUGCGCAGAAUGGCCCUGCUGAUGCGGCGCCGCCCGCUCCUACGGUCCCAGAGUCACGACUCCCAUCGCGCAAGGAUACGUCGCUGCGAGAGUUCCUGAAUAAGAUGGAUGACUAUGCUCCCAUUAUCCCCGAUGCAGUCACUCACUACUACAUGACCAAGGCUGGUCUUCCUCCCCCUCCGCAAACCGAUCCCCGCCUGGCGCGACUGCUUGCCCUCGCCACCCAGAAGUUCAUCGCCGACAUCGCUGCCGACGCAUACCAAUACAGCCGAAUCCGCGCAUCGUCCAACACGAACAACCCCAUGGGCUCACUCGGCGCCGCUGCCGGAUUCCCCAUCCCCGGCCAGCCGACCGGUCAGCCUGGAAACAAGGACCAGAACAAGGGCGCGCCGCUCGGAAUCCAGCGACCGGGCUACGGCGGUGGUGGUCAGGGUGGUAGCCAGAACAGGACGGUCCUCACGAUGGAGGAUCUGGGCAUGGCGGUUGGAGAGUACGGCGUCAACGUGAAGCGGAGCGAGUUCUACCGCUGA